CCUGAGGCCUGUAGACACGCCCACAGUAAUGGUACACAGCAUUAACAAGCAUACAUAUAGCAGGACUGUAUGCUGACCAAGAGGAGUCACAAGUGUUAAUUACUUUUCGAAGGACACAGUAGUAUCUAUCUAUAAUCGAAAUGGAAACGCUUAACACGAGCAGGCCAACCAAUGACAGCCGUCAGUACCCCUGUCUUCACAAUGAGAACUUUAAGUACAUACUUCUUCCGGUGAGUUACUCUCUGGUGUUUGUGGUGGGUCUGGCUCUGAACAUCACCGCCAUGUAUUUCAUCCUGUUUCGAACCAAACGCUGGAAGCCCACCACCAUCUACAUGAUCAACCUCACAAUUUGUGACACCCUUUACAUCUUUACUCUCCCGUUUCUCAUCUUUUACUACGCCGAUGGGAAUACCUGGCCGUUCGGUGAGCUCAUGUGUAAACUCAUUCGUUUUCUCUUCUACACAAACCUCUAUGGAAGCAUUCUCUUCCUCAGCUGCAUCAGUAUGCACAGGUUUUUGGGCGUGUGCCACCCGGUGCGCUCUUUGUCAUGGAUGAGCGCUCGCCGAGCACGUUUAGUCUCUGUGUGUAUUUGGCUGACCGUGCUCAUCUUCCAGUCACCGAUCCUCUAUUUCUCCAGGUUGACAGAUGGUGAUAGUAAUAUAAAGGCAUGUCAUGACACCACCAGCAAGGCACUCUUCAAUAACUUUAUGGUUUACACCUCGGUGGUUAUGGUCUUGCUUUUCGUCCUACCGUUUGGGGUGGUGCUGGUCUGUAAUGGUCUAAUAGUGAGGAAACUUCAACAGCCUGGAGUAGGUGGAGGACCAUCGCCAGAGCGUUCCAAGCAGAAAUCUGUGAAGAUGAUCAUUAUCGUCCUUCUCGCCUUCAUGUUAUGUUUCCUGCCAUUCCACUUGAAUCGUAGUAUAUAUUAUGGAUUUCGCUAUCUGCAGGUGCCCUGCAAGAUACAAGAGCGAGCCAAUAUGGCUUACAAGGUCACGCGACCUUUGGCCAGUGCCAACAGCUGUGUCGAUCCAAUCCUUUAUUUUAUGGCAGGACAAGGUUUUAGGAACAGCAUCAGUAAGAAGUCAGUAUCAAACCAAAGGUCUGUAUAUGUCAAAUCUCCCUCAACCACACUAUGUUGAAGUUGUGCAUGAACAGUGAUGAUCUAAGACUGGAUAUUGUUUGGAAGAAGUAACAUCGUCUGUCUUAACAAGACAAAAAAUCUGACAGAUUGACAAUUGAGACACUGCUGGUUUGGAUCAUCUGACUUCACGUGGAACUUCGGUUGAUUGUAAAUUAGAUUUAUAUAUAUUUCUGUUUGGUUGCACUUUAUGAUAUAGGAAAACAUUUUUUUUUUUUUGCAUCAAAUGGUAAAUGAAAUAUUAAUCACAAAACUAGUCCCGAGUUGCAUGGGUAUAUUUGUAGCAAUACAUUGUAUGGGUUAAAAUUAUUUUUCUUUUAUGCCAAAAAUCAUAAGGAUGUUAUAUAAAGAUCAUGUACCAUGAAGAUAUUUGUAGAUUUCCUAUUAUACAUAUAUCAAAACUUUAUUUUUGUGAAUUGAUGCAGUGAUACAGACUUCAUUUAAACAACUUUUGUUUUCUCAAUAUUUCAAUUUUUGCUCCCUAAGACAUUCAAAUAGUUGUAUCUCAACAAAUAUUGUACUAUCCUA